AUGUCUCUAAGGGUCGACGACAGCAGCCGCCGCACCCGUUCACGGUCCCCAGGCCGUCGCGAGCGCAGCCGCAGUCCUGCCCCUCCCGCCAUGGUCGAGCCCCCGCGGGAGCCUACCUACGCUUACCCCGAAGAUGACCUCUCCAAGUACGCCCUUGAAAGAGGAGGCGCCAACUUCAUCACCGCCGAGCCCGGGGUUCCCGUGCUUCCCUCCGGGACCAUGUCGGGUGCCAUCCCCUACCCCGAAGACGGGACAAGCGAGGCCUUGUUCCCCGGCACCCGCUCGCUCUACGACUACGACGGCGACCGCACCUCAUCCUACCGCCCUCCCGCGUCUCCGAGAGAAAGCUCCUACCGCAGCUCUCGCGACAGAUUCGACGAGCCGCAGAUCCGCGCAGUGUCGCCGCGCGAGGAUGACAAGCUGAACUACCUGCCCGCCAAGUACAGCAGCCACACCCGCAACCGCAGCCGCAGCAACAGCAAGUACGGCAGCGACGAGUACCCGCCUCCGCAACCGCCUCGUCCAGACAACAGGGAACUUUACCCCCCGGCCAAGCCUCCUCGCCCUGUGUCCCCCGGCGGCUACGCUUACGCCCAGCCUCAGCCCUACCAAUAUGCCAACGCGGACGGCAAGACUGAGAAGGAGAGGAAGAAGGAGGAAAAGAAGAAGGCCCUGGAGGAAAACCUCACCUACGGAUAUGACCAGUAUGCGCAGAAGCCCAGCUUAGCUCUUGAGCCACCGCGCCACUCUGGCCGCGCCCCGAGCCCAGGCCCUCAAAUCUCGGCUGGUGCUGCUGCGUACUACGGAGCUGACCCCAAGAUCUCGUCAAACGUCUUGACCGUUGAGCCAGGCAGCCGCAGGCGUGACAAGUCGCCUCAGCCGCCCACCCACCGCAUGUCCAACCUGUCUGUCAACACCGGCCACCACUCCCUGAACAUGAACCUCUCCUUGGCCAACGCCCCGGGCUCCCCGCUACUCGAGUCGUACCACGGCACAUAUCAAGACAUGUCUCCCAUGCCGUCGCCCAUGCUCCUCGCCUCCUCCCACCCACAUGACAUGGAGCCCAUCUCUCCACUCGGCUCUGACGACGAGGGAAGACGGCGUCGGAGGGCGCGGUUCCACGACAUUGAGGAUGACGCCUCCAGAAUCGCAAAGGCCCUGCGCAGCGACCGCAAAAACCCCGACCCCGAGCCCCUGAUCGAGAUCCUGCCCGGACUCACCCACGACCAGGUGAUGAACCUGCGCAAGGAGUACAAGGCCCUCGUCAAGACGGGCCCGGAGCGCAAGGGCGUCAACGUGGCCAAGCACAUCCGCUCCCGCCUCAAGGACGCAGACCCCAACCUCAUGAAGGCCUGCUACGCCACCGCCCUCGGCCAGUGGGAGAGCGAGGCGUACUGGGCCAACUUCUGGUACCAGGGCGACAAGACGCGGCGCGAGCUGCUCAUCGAGGCGCUCAUGGGCCGCACGAACCACGAGAUCCGCCUCAUCAAGGACGGCUUCAACGACAAAAAGUACGACAACAGCCUGACCAAGUGCAUGAAGACGGAGCUCAAGGAGGACAAGUUCAAAAAGGCCGUGCUGAUGGUGCUCGAGGAGCGGCGCAUGGAGGAGUACGACCCCUACGGCCGCCGCCUCGCCGUCGACUACCACCAGGUCGAGGACGACGUGGCGGACCUGCGCAAGGCAGUCAAGUCGGAAAAGGGCGGUGAGACGCUCAUGAUCAGCAUCGUCGUACAACGCAGCGACUCGCAUCUGCGCGAGGUGCUCAAGUUGUACGAAAGGACGUACCAGUCCAACUUUGCGCGCGACGCGCUCAAGAAGAGUGGCAACCUGGUCGGCGAACUGCUGGCUCACAUUCUCAACGGCGUCAUCAACAAACCCGUGCGAGACGCCCUGCUGGUCCACCACGCCCUGACCGCAAGCCGCAAAGACGACCUGCGCCGCGAGCUGCUCAUCUCCCGGCUGGUCCGCUUCCACUGGGACCGCCACCACAUGGAGGCUGUCAAGCGGGCGUACCGCGAGAGGUACGGACGUGACAUGCAGGAUUCCGUCAGGGAGGCCACGAGCGGCGAGUGGGGUCUUUUCUGCAGGGAACUGUGCAUCUACCGCAUGCCCGACGAUGAGAAGGUCUUUGAGCGACGAUGA